AUGAAGCCAGUUGAUUAUAAAGUCGAGAAUGCCAUCAGCAGAAACGCUCUAACCGCGGAGGCUACUGUGACUCGGAUCCCGUCUAUCUCAACUUCUCCGGGGCAAACCGUCAAGAUCACUUGUACCAUGUCAGGUCUUAGCUUCAGGACUUCGGACGCGAGCUGGUGCUGGCAGAAGCCGGGCAGCGCCCCCGACCUUGUGUGGUAUAGAAACACCAGAGCAUCUGGAAUUCCAGAUCGGUUUAGCGGUUCCAUGAACUCACGGAACAACCAGAUUGAUUUAACUAACAGCAACGUGCAAUCGGAAGACGCCGCCGAUUAUUACUGCGCUGUAUGGGACGAGAUGAUACUCACCUUCGGGAGAGGAAACAAACUGAAUCUGGGCACUCCUCGGUCCCCCACCGUUUCUGUUGCCCCUUCAGCGGAUGAAGUCGCAACAAAAGGCAGCGCCACCCUGGUGUAUGUGGUGAACGGGUUUAAUCCGGGCACUGUGGACAUUGAGCGGACUAUGGACGGCAGUGCUAGAAGCGAUGGCGUUGAGACUAGUCGGGUACAUCAGGAGACGGACAACACGUUCAGUGCGAGCAGCUACCUGACUCUGCCAGCCUCAGUCUGGAGCUCACACGAGCUUUACUCCUGUGUGGUUAAACACGAGACUCAGGAAAACCCGCUGAAGGCAAACAUCGCGAGAUCCAGUUGUAUGUGA